AUGUCGAUUAUCAUAACGCGCAACACCGACAUGCCCAUAAGCGAUUCGGAUGAAAAUGACGACGACGAAGACGAUGAAGACGAUAACGGUAUGCGUCGAAGAAGAAAUCUUUAUUUAACGAAUAGUGACGACGACGUUGACGACGACGAUGAUUAUAGCGAUUUUUACGACGAUAACGAUUACAACGACGAAAUCGACAACGGUGGUAAUAGUAACGAUAGUAGUAUUACUAAUGUAUAUAACGACGAUGUUGUUGAUGACGAUGACGAUAAUAAUAAUAACGAUGACGAUGCGAACGAUACUAGCGUAAACGACGAAGACGAUGAAUUCGACAACGACGAUAAUAAUAGGAAAUGCGAUAACGACAAUAGUGUCGUUAGAAAUAAAAAUCGCGACGAUAGUGACGAAAUGAGCAAAGAACGCACUAGCGAUAAAAAUACCGACGGCGUACUCGAACAGCCUAACGCGAAGAGCGUCACGGAGACAGACAGAUCUCCGAGCAAGAAUCGAUUCACGGAAGAUGGAUUAGAAAUAGCCAAAUCUAGUAAGGGAUAUUAUGACGCAUACAGACUGUACAAGAAUACUACGUCCAGAGCCGACGACUACGAUAUAAGAUCUACCGAAGAUAUUAACGACGAUAGAUCGAAUACUCUGCAGCAAAGUGACAGUACAAAUAGUCUGCGGCAAAGUGAAACGGAACACGCCGAAAAUAUUGGUGACGAUCCGACAGACUAUAGACGCACACAGAGUGACGACUCUGAUACAGGUGCUGUAGCCUCCCAGAAUACGAUCGAUGAUAUUAACGACGACGAUCACCAAAAUAGUCUGUUUAAAUAUCUCGUGACAAAAUAUAGAACCGAUAGCGACGGUGAGACCUCCACCGCCACCGCCACUGCCGUUUCUACGAAUUUUACUAAUACCGUCACUACUGCUACUGCUGUCGAUAACCGGGAACACGAAUCGCGUCGGCGACUAAAAGAACAGUCGCUCCAUCAGCUAAUGGAUAACAUAAACGACAACCUCAGGCCGAAUAUAAAGAAAGGGUUACAAGAGACUAAACUGGCCAUAGAAGACGUUAACAUGAAGCUCUUGGAAGAACACACGCAGCAUCUCAAGUGCAAUGCCGUCGUCACGGCUCUAUUUAAGAAAAGACGAGAAGCCAUCGAAGCGGGCGUAGUCGUAGACGACUUACCCCCUCUACCUUCGGCCGAUCAGAUAGAGCGGUUACGAAAGACGAUAACCGUAGAACUCAUGAUCAGGAAGUUGGAAGAGUGCAAGAAAGUAAACUGUAUUUCAAAGGCCGACGCGCACGAAGUCAACAUUACUCUCCUAACGACCAUGCAAGAGAAUCAGUUGCUGUGCAAUCCCAUAUUCGACGAAUAUGCCAGAAUCUACCACCACGGCGAGGACGACGGCGUUACCUUCCGAGACGGGUACGAUGCCGACGCUCGUUCUCUGAGACUCGAAGCCAGCGCGUUAGACGACAGAAGAUUUGACGACGAAUACGAGAAGCUGGAGUACUAUACGAAUCUCUUGAACAGACUGCUGAAACUCAAGACGGAAAGUCUACACCAGUGGCUGUUCACCGCGCGGUUCUUGAGACGGGUGAUGAGAGGAGUCGUCAGGUCGAUUACCAGCGAGAACGACGGCAAAAAGACCGCCUCCCAUCGGUACGAUAGCGACGAGUCUUACGACAUGGGUUCGUAUGACAAUAACAACGUUUGCGAUAAUAAUAAUGAUGAUAACAAUACGAUUCCGACAAGAGAGAGUGAUACGCGCGCUAGUGAAUUCUUUUGGUAUUCGGGCGUGGAGUUGUUUUUUUCGUUCGUCAACGAGAGGAUCCAAAGUUACAUCACGGGCGUAUCGAAGGACGUCGCAGAACUGGCCAUUCGGAUUGGAAUCCCACUGAUAAUGAUCCAGUGGACAGGUUCCUUCAAAACCUCCAAAGCGUACAAGUCUCUACUGAAGAGAAGUAUCAACAACAUAGCGAGCAUAAUCAUCGAACCGUCUCUGUUCAUCUUGGGAAAUAUGCUAAAAGAAAAUCGAAACGACGACGCUGAAAAAUGGACGACGAGUAAAACGAAACGCGCCAUCGGAGACUUGGCCGAUCGUCACGGUCGCAACGUCUUCACGGUGCCCAAGAACGUAUUCCUUCACAAUUACGAGACGGUAGAUCCCGACGCUCUAACGCUAACCGCGAUUCUCGAAAAAGACAUUUCUGUAGGUCGCGAUAUAAGAAAACACGUCGUGUCGUAUCUUUAUAAGAAUCGUAAAACUUUCUCGAUGUUGUUAGUCAGAGGCGUGUUAGAAAUCAAGAAAUCCGUCUCGUCGUUAGUUGCUCGAUACGUGAUCCAUCCACCUUCAUCGCUAUCGUCGUCGUCGUCGUCGGUUCUUCCUUCUCGUACUCUAUUUUCUUCUACCGAGUCCGAUCUAGACAUUAUCGCUAACCGCAAAAGAUCGUCGAGUAAUGUGCGAAAACAGUGGUCUGUCUUUGACCCAUUUCGUCGUCUGACGCAAAUGUCUAUCGAGGUACUGUACGUCCGACGUAUCCUCUCGUCGCACACCUUCAUGCGGCGCAGAAACUUGAGCGCGGGCACGCUGUUCCACCGCCUCGUCGGCAGGAGGUCGAAGGACGACGGCUCCUCCACAUUCGGGCCGUCGGCGACCAUCGAUCUUCAGAUACCGUGGACGAAACCUGUAACAUCGCUAGCCUUUGUCGACAAUAGCUAUACUCGUUCUGUUUUCGUCUCGAGCUGCAUUCGUCUCGGUGCCGCGUGCUAUGAACUCGCGGACAUCCGCCCAGUAACCGUCGCUAUGAGAGCGCGCGGAAGGCAGGCAGCCACCACUCGCAGUAUACGCCACUCUCGGAGAAAUUAG